AUCCGUGAUUUUGAUCCGGGACGCGAACCAACAGUACUUAAAAAGGCUUCUCCCCACCCUAAUCCGCCUCUUUCUCCCAAUUCUCAUCUUCCAUCUUUCCCUAUCAACAUUUCGCCGCUACGAUACCACGAACCCGAACACCGCUGUCCUGUCCUCAGUGUCCACGCGUCCUGAAGCAACCGUUUUACGACCUAUCCAAUCCUGCACAAUCAAGAUGACUGGAGGCGGCAAAUCCGGCGGCAAGGCCAGCGGCUCCAAGAACGCGCAGUCGCGAUCUUCAAAGGCCGGCCUCGCUUUCCCCGUCGGUCGUGUUCACCGACUUCUGCGCAAGGGGAACUACGCCCAGAGAGUGGGUGCUGGUGCUCCGGUGUAUCUGGCUGCCGUCCUCGAGUAUCUCGCUGCUGAGAUUCUCGAGCUUGCUGGAAAUGCCGCCCGUGAUAACAAGAAGACCCGCAUCAUCCCCCGCCAUCUUCAGCUCGCUAUUCGAAAUGACGAGGAGCUGAACAAGCUUCUCGGUCACGUCACUAUCGCCCAGGGUGGUGUCCUACCCAACAUUCAUCAGAACCUCCUACCCAAGAAGUCGGGCAAGCCUGGCAAAAACGCUAGCCAAGAACUGUGAGGGGUGUGGUUUUCUGUUUUCUGGUUGUUUGGUACGCUUCAUGAACAACGGGGUCACGGCUGGGCACGGUUUGCUUUUCACGCGCAAGGGUUGUACAUUACAGGCAUAAUCCAUCGAGUAAUGGACACGAAUGAGAAUAAUUCCUGAACA